AUGCAAACUGCACAGGGUUUAACGCCUGUAAAUCUAGCUUUUUUUGAUGGAGUACUUGCCUUCCAAUGCUUGCAAGCUGCAUCGCCUCCAAUAUCCACCAUUAUUUUUGAAAGGUUAACUAGUCUUCAGGAUUAUCCAUGCCUUUCUUCUUGUGGGGUGCCAGAUGCUAUAGAUUAAAAUGGCGUGGAGAAACAUUCUAUAGAUGAUUACUAAGAGUACUAGUGCAGGGACCUCGAAGAAGAGAGUAUAGCGUUCGGGAAUGCGCAUUCAGCUAGUUUUUACUUGGUUUAAUGGAUCACAAGGUCGGAUCUAGCGACAGCAUGCUUAAUCCAUAUCAGGUUUUGCCUCAAAUGGGAAUAGUCUGAGCUAACAGUCAAUGGCCUGGCCAUUCGGAAUUAUUUCACAGCAUAAAACUAGGAGUUACUCUGCGGCUUCGGAUUUCCAUUUUGGCUGAAAUUCAACUAGAGAAUUCAACCCUUUUUUAAUUCUCAUGCUGGGCAGUCUUUGCUUUAGCGCGGUAAAGCGACACAACUCUUCCAACUUUCGGGUAGUGAGUGAAGGUAUAGUCUAGCUAGCAUCUGAGAUGUCAUAAAAUAUGAAUAGCAGACAGAAAUCCUUAAGGAAGGAGAUAGUCCUUAAGGUCUAUAAUGUACUUUCUAUAUAUAAUUUAAUGUUAAUAAUGGGUCCCAGAUAUUGCUGCUCAUUUAUGUGGACUCUUUUAUGACUGUCAAGCUGCAAAUCACUAUUUAUUAUAUAUUGAAUAAGCAUUUUUUUAUUAAAAACUAGCUUAAAAAUUAUUUAUAGCAAAUCUUAUACCCAAACUCGUCGAUUUUACUUGAACAAAUGCUUUUGUUUGCAUUGCAUACUGAUGCACGAAUAUUUAUGGCAGAAUGUUCAGACAUGAACUCCCAGACGGAUUUUAUUUAUUUAUUAGUUCACUGCCAAGACAUCACUGGUCUUGGCUGCUAUUUUACAGGCGCAAAGGUUGGGAUUUUCAAAUUUUCUUAUGAAGAGCUGUACGGGAGCACUAUUAGUGGGAUGCUAGGUUAUACUUAUUUAAUAAAUUCUAAUUAAAGCCUAAUUUUUAUACAAAUUUAUAUUAUAUUUAGCUCAAUUUGAUAUAUAUUAAAGCUUUAAAGAACUCUCGAACAGAAAUAAUUGCUCAAUACUACUACAUAAAAGAUGCACUGAAUAAGAAGCAAAAAGACAGCCAACUCUACGCAAAUUACGUCCAAAAACUCACCCAAAGGGCAGAUGCCGCGCAAAAGCUGCAGGAAAGCAGUGAAGAGAUGAUAAAAACCCUCCAAAUUAAAGUAGAGAGGAAGAAAAAACACACAGCGGAGCUUCAGGACCAGGACUUAGAAUGCUUAAUUUGCAGAAGCUCUCCAAAAAGUAUUGUAUUUUUACCAUGCGGGCAUGUUUUUGCCUGUAAAGACUGCGUUGUGGAGAAAAUGAAGCUGACUCUAAACAAGAUAAUAAAUAGUAGAGCUGGAUCAGAACCAUGCCCUCUCUGCAAAGGAAGAGUCCGAGAAGUUAGGGAGGUCUCAUUUAAUUAG